UUUACAAAGUUGUGUUUUCAUUUGAUUAUUGAAAUAUUGACAAAUGCCCCAAAAAUUAAGUCAACAUAUGACCUUGGCCAUUAUCAAUAUUUAUCGUAAAACGUUUUUUAUGUAAUAUCGCAAUAUUAAAGUGAACAGUUAUAUCAUUUUAACCAGUUUAUUUAGUUAGCAAAAUGAUCGCAGGAAUUUUCUUUAAAUCAACAAAAUCCCUCAACCUCUCACAAUGUAUGAAAGUAUUAGUUUCACAAAACCGCUCCUACACGAACAAGUUGAAUGAACAACAGCUGGCUAUUCAGGAAUUAGCCAGAGACUAUGCAAAUACGUAUCUUAAGCCAAGAGCUUCCAAACUUGAUUUAGAAGGGAGAUUCCCGUUUGAUGAGAUAAAACAUAUCACAAACCUUGGUCUAAUGGGAGCGUGCGUCGACGAGGAGUACGGAGGCCUCGGUCGAGACUACCUCUCGUUAGCCGUCGCCGUGGAGGAACUAUCACGAGGUUGCGCAAGCACCGGCAUGGUGGUCUCGAUACAUAACUUCCUCUACGCGAACCUGGUUAACGAGAAAGGUACUCCGGAACAGAAGGAAAGGUUCCUGGGGGAUUACACUAAGGGCGCCAUCGGAUGCUUCGCGUUGAGUGAACCAGAUGCGGGCAGUGACGUAGCAAAUAUCAAAACGACGGCGAGACGAGAUGGCGACUACUGGAUCCUGAACGGCAAGAAGAGUUGGGUCUCGUCCGCCAUUGAAGGGUCUGCGGCAGCUGUAUUCGCGACCUUCGACCCUGAGCUCAAACACAAGGGAUUGGCUUGUUUCCUCGUUCCUUUGGACGCGGAGGGGGUUUUUAGAGGAAAAAAGGAACAUUUAAUGGCAGUCGCGGUGGUGUGCGCCAGGGCGGUGACGGCGUGCGACCUGCAGCUGGACGACGUGCGCGUGCCCGCCGCGUGCGCGCUGGGGCCCGCGGGCGCCGGCUUCCGCCUCGCCAUGGAGCAGCUGGACCAGGGCCGCAUCGGGAUCGCCGCGCACGCCGUCGGAAUCGCUCAAGCCGCUCUCGAUACAGCUAUCAAUUAUGCUAAAGAAAGGGUCGCUUUUAAUAAGAACCUCACGAGGCUACCUUCGGUCAAGGACCGGCUGACGGACAUGUGCAUCCUGGUGGAGACGGCGCGGCUGCUGACGUACCGCGCGGCCACGGACGUGUCCACCAAGAACAGCUCCAUGGCCAAGUACGUGGCCGGCCGCAACGCGACCGCCGUGGCCGACCACUGCGUGCAGAUCCUGGGCGGCCGCGGCCUGUCCGUCAAGUACGACGCCGAGAGGCACUACAGAGACGCAAGAGGUACGCAGAUAUACGGCGGUGUGACGGACAUACAGAAGCGUCUCGUCGGUCACUACCUUCUCAAAGAGUACGACGCUCUAUAAUAGCUGAAAAAUUGACUGUUAGCUAAAGCACAUUGCAGAUUUAUAUAUAUAUAUAUAUAUAUAUA